AUGCGGAAUAUGUAUCUAGCUCUCGGCUCCUAUAUCGGCUUUCUCGGUAUUAUAUGGUUCACGUGGCUCCAAGUCACCUUGUAUGACAUACGAUUCGCCCAGGACUGCGUAUUUGAGAGAUUCUGCAAGGCAUUCCAGUUGGCGGCCAUGGUCGGCUUUGCUUCUGCCGGAACUCGUUUCACAACCCGUGUGCGCGACGACAAUGUCUGGGUCUUCCAAUCGCUCAGCUUGAUCCUGGGAGGAAGCCGCCUACUCCUGGCUGUUCAGUAUACGAUCAAUGCCGCAUACUUACGCCCAUACCCAUCCUUAUAUCGCUCUGUGAAGGGUGUAUUUUACACGGCGACUGUCUUCUUUGCCUUCCGCCGAGUCCCUGGGACUCAUAUCUGGACCGUUUGGUUCGUUUUAUUCGGAGUUGAAAUGUGGACUGUGAUGGGCCUUUCGUGCGUUUUCCCCGGGAUCGAGUUUCAAGACACCCACCUCACCGUUCGGAUGGAGCUCCUCACCCUGAUCAUUAUCGGGGAAGGGGUCAUUGCGGUCACUCGAAUUGUCAACAAGACGGUUCGACCGGGGGGAUGGACCAAGUGGUCGUUUGUUCAUAUCCUUGGGGUGACAACCAAUGUUUAUUUACUUUGGCAGGUCUAUUUCGAUAUCUCCCCUCGGCAUCGCUUUGGGGAAUUUGCACAGCAGAUAUGGGCACAGCUUCAUUUCCCGUUCCACAUCGCAUUAAUCCUUUUACUCGAGGGGUCGCAGAUCCUAGCCCUCACCCUCGAUAUUACUUUGAAGCUGAAAUAUCUGGCGCAAACGUUUGCGUUUGUGUGCGAGACACCUCGUCCUAGCCCCGAGAAGGCGAUUGACCUCAUCAGGAGUACGAUUGCUGACAUGGAAAUCCCGUUCAGCCGGGGUGCAACGCAAGAGUGGAAGGCAAUAUCGAGCCUGUUGGAAGAUCUGGCCCACCAACCGCUUUGUCCAGACCGCACCGAGCACGGCCUCGCAUCUCUUCAGUACAACGAGUUCCUCUUCGGUGAUCUCAUGGGUAACGUGACGGCGGCCCUUUUUUCAAGCAUGGGCAUUACUCCAACGGGAGCGGGAGAUAUCAGUCUGCUCGACAGCGAGGAGCUUCUACAGAUGUGUAUGAAAGUGUUGGCUUUCGUUUAUAUUUACUUUUUCGUUGUUGCCAGCCUUUCUAUGGGCCUUUUCAGUGCGUUCACUCUUCUAGCGCGCCGCCACGACGAGCGGUUUUACCUCGGCCUUUCCAGCAGCUUUCGCAUCAUCCUUGCAAUAGCGCUGGCCAGCCUGAUAUCGUUUGCGGGCCAUUUCCCGCUAGCUUACGCCUUCAUGACCUCGCCAGUCAUUUUAUAUGCCUUCACCAUGAUGCUUUUCUCCGUCCUACUGGUUGACCGACUUUUGGACUUUCUGGCAUCUCGGAGAAAUGCAGCCGACCGACGGAAGCGGGAAAUCAGUACACAAGCCAAGUUCCCCGCCUCUUCGCCAGGGUUGAGGGUGGAGAGCCCAUCUGUCCGGAUGGAGAGGGAGCGUGUUGCCCGACACAGCCAGUGA